GGUGGAGCUUCUGAGCUGGUUCACACAGGGAACCAUGGCAGAGACGAACCUGGGUACUUGCGGUGUCGUGAAGACGAUCCUUGUAAGUGCAGCGACCGGAUUCGUCUUUGGAGAGGCUGCUCUAUUUGCCGUCAAGCCCUCUCUGACUGAAGAUGGCACCCUGCUCGGCGUGGCCACGCUGGCUGCUGGACGGGCUGGUUCCACUGGUGUGGCGGUAGUAACAGCAUGCCUCGUGUUCACCUCGGCACUCCUGUCUCUCGGGUUUGGUUUCCUCCUCGCAGCCAUGGCGAUGAAGCUGCUGACCAAGGUUGGAGUGGGGCUGCCUUGGUUCGUGGAGGUCACAACCGGAGCCUGCGUCGUGGUGGGCGCUAUCGCUACUGGAGCUUUAGCGGGCAUCCUGCCACCGUGGAUCUACAUCGCAGCUCAAGGUGUUCUAGUCCUUAUUGUCUACUCCUACUCCAACAUUAAUGACAUGACCACGGCUCUGCUGAUCAUCUUCACCACUCUAUACCUCAGCGUUGUUUAUGGACGGAUGGGUGCCAUAGUUGGGUUCCUCGUCAUGGCACUGACCAUCACUGUCCUCUGUGUCCUACGCAGAGCUCUGUCAGAGAGGCUGACAAGAAGACCUAAAUCAAAAACUGGGUGCAAACUGUUGGAGAGGAUAUUCUUCUACUCAGUGUUUGUAGGGAUUCUGGGAUUUUUUGUAGGUUUAGGGGCAGGGGAGGCAGGAGAAGGGUAUGAAGAAGAGGUAGUUUUAAUGCUGCAGUCUGUCCUCUGGGUGGCGUUUCUGUCUGCGGGGUUGCUAGCAGCUGGCCUGGGAACGGUGGCCAUGGUAGGCCUGGGCCCAGAGUUAGCUUUAAAGGUAGCUGUUGGGGCCACUAUAUUAACAUCAGUGGCCUUGAGAUUCAUUCUGCAAUGGAGCUCUUCUUUAGGGGCCCAAAGCAGCACAGGAGGAGCACUAGGGGCAGCCACAGCCGCGGGGAUGUCACUUGGAGCUGCAAGCGUUGCAGCAAAGCAGGCAUUUGGGUCUAGAAAUUUGACUUUAGCAGCUUUAGGUUCAGUCGUUGUCGGUGUGGUUGUGGCCAUGAAAGGCGUAGCCCUCAAAGCAACUCUUCUGUCGACGUCAGAGCUUAUAACAGUGGCCCUUGUUGCAGCAGGGGCAUUUGUUCUGGGUGCACCAAAGAGCCCAUUCCACACUCAGGUGAAUCUGCAAAGUGGCCUCCUCACAGGGACAGAGCUAAUUAAAGGAAUCGGCAUGGAGACAGUCACCGCAGCAGCAGCGCCUAUCGGAGCCGGGGCACUUGGGGCCGCAGCGUUAGGCACCGCGGCUCUGGGGAGACUGGGGACUGUGGGGGUUGUGGUGGCUAUAUUGCUGGCCUUGGGAAGUGCUCUGAGUGGCAUGAUAGGAAAAUCACCACCAACAACAAAUUCACACAGAGACUGAUUGACCCCUGAGUUUUCGUUAUGUCUAUGCUGGAGGCCGAAUGGUCAAAAAGUGUCACUGUGUCAGUGUAAAUGCUUUUGAUGCGCGUCUGCGCUGAUAUUAAAAGUUGAAGCAGGAUCAUAUUUUGCCAAAAGAGGAAACACAUUUGUUCGUUGUUAAAAUCUGUUAACUGUGUCAUACCAUGUCAUGUAUUUUUGUGUUUACCAAUGAUGAUUAAAAGAAAUGAGAAAUCUUUGUUUGUUGACUGAAAUAUUAAUAGUUAUAGUAUAACAUAGGAUGGCUUACUUAAAUUGGUCAACUGUUUGAGAUUUCUUUGAGUACCUCUGAUGACCUUCCGUUUUCCCUCUUCAUCAGCUCCUCGCGCCGUCAUUGCCUCAUUUCCCAAGGCAUGGUCGCAAGCUGGCAGUUACUUUGGUUUCAGCUUAGCAACAGUAACAGAGGCUUAGCUGACUAGAAAGGGGAGGGCGGAGGGGGAGGAGAAAGAUGCAGACAAUAACAUCAGAAGAGCAUCUUAUAAAUGAUUCUGUUUUGAGGACAUCACCAUGAUUACAUACAUCAAAAUAUGGUGUCCCUCUGUCUGCGUGGGUUUACAGCAUCCUCUCUGAAGAGAUCAUAUGUUGCACUAAAAUGGAUAUCCACGUGUGGCUCCUGUGGACCAUGGCAGCAGUCAGGACUUCAUCUGGAAGAGGAGUUUUUUUCAUUGAAACUGCCUGGAGACAGGAGGCUUUGAGUAUCUUCUCUUUUCUAUGUUCUUAGUAGCUCAAUAACGUUUUCCUGGUGGAUGCAUGGUAAAGUAAGUCAUUUAAGUUUCCGCUUCACGCUUUGAAGAGGCUUUUGCACCGUUUUACUUUCGAAAAUGUGAUUAUCUUCAAAAGUAGCAAAGAUGGAACACGUUGCCACUUUCCCGCGGAUUUUGGAUCUCGGUGCACUUCAGGAAUAGUGUUCUCUCGCAGUAUUACCUUCGCUAAAACCAGCAUGUCCCUGAACCGGAUCCACGCGACAGACACGGAGCAGUCUGCGGAGUACUCUGUGGAGUACACGGUGCAGGUUCCCGCUCAUCACGGCGCGGCUCGGAGGGGUGAAGUGACCGUGGUCCAGUCCAGCUGCUGCAGCUGCCUGCCGCGCUCCGUGCGCCUCACCUUCACGCCGGAGUCACUGGAGAGGCUUUACCAGAGCUACUUCCGCCGGCAGAGGCAGGAGAACCUGCUUGUGCUGGCGAUAUGCGCUGCCCUGUUCAACAGCUUCAUCAUCAUCAUGUGCGCCGUGGUGUACACCGAGGACAAGCUGUCCAUGGUGGUGGUCGCAGCUGUGGGGCUGGCCGCCGACGUCGUGCUGUACUUAUUGUGCUGGCUGCAGAAGCUCCCGGCGUCGCCCGUCUCCCGAGGAGCGGUGCCGUACAUACUGUGGCUGAUGGUCACCGUCCACGUCUUGUGUUACAUGGGACUGAACUACCAGCGGUUCCCACAGGCCAGCGACUCCGUGGGCUGGCAGGUUUUCUUCUGUUUCUGCAACUUUCUGACCCUGCCACUUAACCUGGUGCCACUCAUACUGCUCACGGCCCUCUCCUGUGGCAUACACACCCUGGUGCUGGGGGUGACUGUGGCUCAAAGGUUUGAAGACAGCCUGCAGGGGCCAAUGCUGGUGAGACAGCUUCUAGCCAACGUGAUGCUGUACCUGUGUGCGACCGCUGUAGGUGUCAUGUCGUACUACAUGGCGGACAGGAAGUACAGGACAGCAUUCUUGGAAGCUCGUCAGUCACUAGAGGUCAAAGUGACACUGGAGGAGCAGAGUGCGCAGCAGGAGGAAUUAUUAUUGUCCAUCCUGCCCAAGCACAUCGCUGACGAGAUGCUGCAGGGCAUGAAGAACCAGGCCAAUCAGACAGACGUCCAGCAGCAGCAGCAGUUCAACACCAUGUACAUGUACCGCCACGAAAACGUCAGUAUCCUCUUUGCUGACAUUGUGGGCUUCACUCAGUUGUCCUCAGCGUGUAGCGCCCAGGAGCUCGUGAAGCUGCUCAAUGAACUGUUUGCCCGCUUCGAUAAACUGGCAGCACAACAUCACCAGCUGAGGAUCAAGAUUCUCGGGGACUGUUACUAUUGCAUCUGUGGUCUUCCUGACUUCAGAGAGGACCAUGCGGCCUGUUCCAUACUGAUGGGUCUAGCGAUGGUAGAAGCCAUCUCGUAUGUGCGGGAAAAGACAAAAACUGAGGUGGACAUGCGAGUGGGCGUCCACACCGGCACCGUGCUGGGGGGUGUGCUCGGGCAGAAGCGCUGGCAGUUUGACGUUUGGUCCACAGAUGUCACUGUGGCCAACAAGAUGGAAUCUGGAGGGAUCCCUGGGAGGGUGCAUAUUUCACAGACCACCAAGGACAGUCUGCACGGGGAGUUUGAACUGGAGGAGGGGAAUGGAGGAGAGAGGUGUGAGUACCUGCUGGAGAAGGGCAUUGAUACAUACUUGGUUCUCGUGCCUAAAACAACGCCGAAAGGGCUCAAUGGCAAUACACCUGCAGCAUUGACCAGUAGGAAAUCAAACCAGUUGAUCAACACGACAGCAACCAAUGGGAACACAGCCUCACACCGAUCUACACCCACCGAGUCUAAAGAGGAGACUAAGAUUGUUGAGGAGCAAGUGAUCAACAGACGACUGCAACAGGAGCUGCUGGACAGGGAGACUCAGCAAAUAAUGAAAGAUAAUCAGAUCAACGCCAUAUCAUUACGUUUCGUGGAUGAAAAUUUGGAGGAGCACUACUCCUCAGAGAAGGAGAAGCGAAGUGGAGCUGCCUUCUGCUGCUGCAUGAUAGUGCUCUUUUUCAUCACAGCAAUGGAGGUGUUCAUAGACCCAUUGUUGGUUGUGAACUAUGUGACUCUCGGAGUAGGACAAGUAUUGUUGCUAAUCCUCACAGUUUGCUCCCUGGCUGCUGUCUUCCCCAGGAUGUUCUCCAAGAGGUUGGUGUCUUUCUCAGUGUGGAUUGAUCGAACCCGGUGGGCAAGAAACACAUGGGCCAUGGCAGCCAUAUUUGUUCUAACCAUGGCUGUGAUUGCUGACAUGUUGAGUUGUGUGCCGCCGUCCCUUCGGGUCUUCAACAGCACCACUGGUCCCAUGUUGGAGUCACUUGGCGACCGAGGCUGUGCGGAGCAUCCGAAGCACUACAGCUACAUGGCCGUGAUGUCGCUCAUCGCGGCCGCCAUGUUGGUGCAGGUCAGCCACCUGAUUAAACUAGGCCUUAUGGUGCUAGUCGUCACAGCAACUGGAGCUGUUAACAUCUACAGCUGGCGGGAUAUUUAUGAUCUUUAUGACUAUAUACAGUUUGCCUCCUACAGAACAUCCAUAGUGCCAUCCAAGUACCUCAUGACCAUGAUGAUAAUUGUCAUGCUGAUUGGCUUUUACUUAUUUGCUCGCCACCUGGAACGUCAAUCCAGAAAGCUGUUUUUGUGGAAGAUUGGCGUGCAUGACCAGAAAGAGAAGGUGUUUGAGAUGAGACGCUGGAAUGAAGCACUGGUCACCAACAUGCUGCCAGAACAUGUGGCCAAACACUUCUUGGGCUCUAAGAAGAGAGACGAGGAGCUGUACAGCCAGUCUUACGAUGAAAUAGGUGUGAUGUUUGCGUCCAUCCCCAACUUUUCUGAUUUCUACACUGAAGAGAGCAUCAACAAUGGUGGCAUUGAGUGUCUCAGGAUCCUUAAUGAGAUCAUCUCUGACUUUGACAGUUUGUUGGACAGGGAGGAGUUCCGGUUCAUUACUAAGAUCAAGACGAUAGGAAGCACGUACAUGGCUGCCUCAGGGGUGACACCGGAAAGCAACACUAAUGGAUACAGCAAUCGCAAGCCAGAGGACCAGUCACUGAUUGAGCGCUGGCAGCACCUCUCUGAUUUGGCAGACUUUGCCUUGGCUAUGAAAGUCAUUCUCAACAACCUCAACAAACAGUCCUUCAACAACUUUAUGCUACGUAUCGGUCUGAAUAAAGGAGGAGUUCUGGCUGGAGUGAUAGGAGCCCGUAAACCUCAUUACGACAUCUGGGGCAACACAGUCAAUGUGGCCAGCCGAAUGGAGUCCACCGGAGUAAUGGGAAAUAUCCAGGUGGUGGAGGACUGCUAUGUCAUCCUGAAGGAGUAUGGCUUUCGCUUUGUCCGAAGAGGACCCAUAUUUGUCAAAGGGAAAGGGGAGCUGCUAACCUUUUUCAUGAAAGGCAAAGACAAACCAAGUAACAAUCGUGCCCUAGAGACUACCACCCUUCCACACCAGGUUGGGGACCUUUCCUGAUUUUCAAACAGAAUGUCAAUUAUAUCCAUUUCCUCUCAUAUACAGUUUGUUUACCAGUCUCAUUUUUAAAAAAUUCUGUAGCUUACAUACAGCAUGUGGAAGUAGAACGACACAAGACAAUACUAUUUUGCAACUAUCGUGACUAUCGCUGCUGUGAAGUAACACUUAAGAACAGAAACCUAUUUUGUAAAGUUUUAUAUAUCAUUCAGGAAUAUCUCAGAGAUCCUGAAAUAAAGUUUUCAUUGUGUUGCACUUGAUACAUAGGCAGUCAUGUAAAAAAAUAAGUACAUCCAAUGGAAAUUGUUCACCUAUUCGACAUAUUUGAGCUCUGUUUUAAGCACAUCCUAUUAAUAAAGGUGAAAUGCUUCACAAAUGACCCAUAAAAUAGACAUUUUGUAGUGUGUGCCAGGGAAAAUGCUUUUCUGUCAAAAAGAACAAUGGAGCAAAGCUACAGUCAACACAUAGGGAAAGACCAGGUCUUUUGACAGCGUUUUAUUUCUACUAAAUGGAUGUACUUCCACAGAAAACUAAGAUAAUAUGUUAAUAUAAAUGAAAAUCAAAUGUUUGCUUCUCCAAAUAUGUCAGAAAAGACAAUAAUUUCCAAGUUCUUAUUUUUUUCCACUUGACUGUUUAUGCGAAUAACAAGCUUGAAACAGAAAUGCAUUAAUUACUUUGUUGUCUUUCCUGAGCUGUAAAAUAAUGUAAGUCAAUCAUAUUGUAUUUACACUGUGUUAAUAAAACAUGUUUGCACUA